AUGCAGCCCAACGCGGCGGCGGCGGCGUCGCCGUCGGGAGAGAGGAAGUACAAGGGCGUGCGGCGGCGCAAGUGGGGCAGGUGGGCGUCGGAGAUCCGCCUGCCCAACUGCCGCGACCGGAUAUGGCUCGGCUCCUACGACGCGCCGGAGAAGGCGGCACGGGCGUUCGACGCCGCGUACCUCUGCCUCCGCGGCCCCGGCGGCGCAGACGGGCUCAACUUCCCGGGCUCGCCGCCGGGCGUCCGCCGCACCAGCGACCCGAACGAGGUGUACGCUGCCGCAGUGUCCCACGCCGACCCGGCCGCCGCCGACGUCGACCCGUGGGAUGCAAUCCAGCCGCUGCCCGAGCCCACGCUGCAGGCGCACGGUGACGUUGCGCCAAUGGAACCUGCGCCGGCGCCGGCCGCGCCACCAGCCCCGCUGCAGGUGUCCGUCCCGACCUUCGACUGAUCGGAGCUGCUGGCCGACCUGCCGCCGCUCUUCUCUCCAACUGAGGUGGGGAGCCAUGCGUACUUGCUGCCGGCUUCACCGACGGCGGCGGACGCCAACACGAUGGAGGAAAACGGAAGUGGUAGUGGCUCAGGCUCGGGGCUUUGGAGCUUUUAGUCCGGUCACUGAUCGCGUUGACAACGAAAACCAGGCAAACGCUUGAUUUUUCAUGACGCCCAAUGAUCGCGACACCUGAAUA